AUGGAAGCGGUACUGCGGAAAUACCCCACCACCUAUACGCAGAAUAUGAACACGGUAUUAGUGCAGGAAAUGGUCAGGUUUUACCGGCUAACGAGAAGUCGUGCGAUCGUCGCUUACCAACAUACAGAAAGCUGUUAAGGUGAGUGAACCUUCAGAUAAAUUGAAUAGCUAUUUUUAUAGAGUUCUUGUUUGAAGUUUUGACUAAACGUGAAGGAGAAUCUUUAUUCCUUCACAUUCUCUAAGGCAGACCGUAGCCAUUGCGACGGGAAGUGUCUGCGCGCCUUAUAGAGAGUCAGAGAAAAUGACUGAAAAUGACUUAAGGUCGGUACACACUAGGCGACAAGUUGCAGCAACAUGUCGCGGCGACACGUUGCAGCGACAAAUCGCUUCGUGUGUACUGGAGAAUUUGUGUGAAAAUCUUUGUCGCUGCAACAGAAUUUGUCGCCGCAACAAGUCGCACAGAUUCAGUCUGAUUUGAUUUUUUGCGACUUGUUGCAGCGACAAAAUUCUGUUGCGGAGACAAAGAUUUUCACAAAAAUUCUCCAGUACACACGAAGCGAUUUGUCGCUGCGACGUGUCGCCUCACCUUGUUGCUGCAACUAGUCGCCCGACCUGUACACACGGAGUGAUCUGUCGCCGCGACGUGUUGCAGCAACUUGUCGCCUAGUGUGUACCGACCUUUACUCUAGGUGUCCAAUGCAUAGAGGGUCAAAUAAGACAGAGACUAACUCUUGAUGUCUGUUUAAAGAGAGUUGACUGUAUUACUGGACCCUCUUGAACUUGUCGCUGACUGAAAGCAGAAAUACAGUUUCUCCUGGGGUGGAAAUAGUACGUCAGGCAACCUCUGUUAUUUCAAAUCAUUGUGCGUUCAUCUGUGUGCGAUAUUGGACGAUAUGUUGCUCACUGCACUUGUGUCUAGGAAAUCUACCAGAGACAUGUUACCGUUUCCUCUCCCCCGUCCCUGCCGGGUAUCUCUUUUUUUCCUUUGUCUAUGGGGUAGGCAACUUACAGGAUGUUGUUUUAGAAUGGGAUUCACUAAGCCGGUUUACCCGACCUUUUAUAUGAUCCCUAAACAUUGUUCCACAGGGCCUGGUUGUUAUGUCCUCUGAACUAGAGGAGGAAGCGAGCGGCAUCCUUAAAGGCAAAAUCCCUGGCCUGUUGAUGAAGAAGUCCUACCCAUCUCUUAAACUACUCGGCAGUUACGUCAAUGAUCUGAUUGCUCGCCUCAAGUUUCUUCAAGAGUGGUAUGACAAUGUCACAAUGGAGCGCCUCCCGUGUUCUGGGUAUCUGUUUUUUUCUUUAUUCAGGCCUUCUUACCGGGAUCAAAGCAGAAAUGCGCCAGAAAAUACACCAUUCCUAUUGAUCUCCUAACGUUUGACUUCGAGGCUCUUGGCGACAAUAAUUGCGAAACUCCACCCGAGGGCAGUGUCUUUGAUGGAAGGCUCUCGAUGGGAUAG